GUCAGCAUCCUGUAACUUAUACAGUUACCGUAAAUCGCAAACCGUCUGCAUUUAAUAAAUAACUUGAAACAUUGUUAAACAAUAUUCUAAAUUUGUUAGAAGAAGAACCUGAAUGCUAUUUAGUCCAUAUUCACACACACCACCAACCCCCAAAACCCAAAUUCGCCCACAUUAUAACUCUUCUAUUCAUUUCAUUCAUAAUCACCCCACCGUCACACAGUAACGACGUCGUCGAAGAGAAGAAAUGAAGACCGAGACGAAGUCAUUGUUACAAGAUCUAAUUGAAAUUUCCGGUGGUUGUGUUGUUACUGAUGGAGGAUUUGCCACACAGCUUGAAAAACACGGUGCUUCCAUCAAUGAUCCUCUUUGGAGUGCUAUUUCUUUGAUCAAAGAGCCACAUCUUAUCAAGAAGGUUCACUUGGAAUAUUUGGAAGCUGGUGCAGAUAUAUUGGUUACUUCAUCUUACCAAGCUACCAUUCCUGGAUUUUUGUCCAGAGGGCUGUCCACUGAAGAAGGGGAAUCUCUAUUACAGAGGAGUGUCAAGUUGGCAGUUGAAGCUCGUGACAGUUUCUGGACAUCGGCUAAAAGAAAUCCUGAAAACAAAUAUAGAAGAGCUUUGGUUGCAGCCUCCAUUGGAAGCUAUGGGGCUUAUCUUGCGGAUGGAUCAGAGUACAGGGGACUGUAUGGACCGGAUGUGAAUUUGGAGAAGUUGAAGGAUUUUCAUCGCCAUAGAUUGCAAGUUCUUGUUGAAGCUGGUCCAGAUUUGCUUGCUUUUGAGACCAUUCCAAACAAGCUUGAAGCUCGGGCUUUUGUUGAAUUAGUUGAAGAAUUAAACGUACAAAUCCCAUCUUGGAUCUGUUUUACAUCUGUAGAUGGUGAAAAGGCUCCCUCAGGAGAGAGUUUCCAAGACUGUCUUGAAGUAGUAAAUAAGAGUAGCAAAGUAGAGGCAGUUGGUAUAAACUGUGCACCUCCUCAUUUUAUAGAAAGUCUCAUCUCCAAAUUUAAGCAGUUGACAAAGAAGGCAAUCAUUGUUUAUCCCAACAGCGGAGAAGUAUGGGAUGGUAUCGAAAAAGAAUGGCUUCCAUCCAAGUGUUUUCAAGAUGAUGAUUUUGGAUUUCAUGCAACAAGAUGGCGUGAUUUAGGAGCUAAAAUAAUAGGAGGUUGUUGCCGGACUACACCCUCCACCAUUCAAAUUAUUUCAAAUGCUUUAAGAAAAAAUAUUUAGUUGUGCACAUUUUCAAUUUACGGGAUUUUGUCUAAGGAAUUUUCCGUAAUUUGAAGUUUAAAUUUUAGUUGCUUUAAGUUUAUUCAUUCAAGUUGAAAGCAAACGAGACUUCUUCCGUGACGAGAGUUACCUGUGGAAAAUUUUGGCGUAAAUGUUAUACUGGAGUUGGUGUGGUGUCUCUUAGACAGUGGAGUUGUUGCAAUGCAAAGUAAAGUCAAAGUGGAGUUGUUGCGAUGCAAAGUAAAGUAAAAUGCUAAAUUCCCGUUAUACAAUUAAGUGUACACUACUGUAAUGCAUAUUUUUACACACGUGAAUUCAAUUUUAAAAUUAUACAUACAUUAUUUGAGUUUAA